AUGGACAAACACGCUGCUUUUGUAGGGCGCAGAUCCAAACGAGCCCAUUCAUUCCCUUCCGAAGGCAAAGAUGACGAGCACAAGACGCGAUCAAAGUCACCUCGAAAGCCCCAUCGGCCGCUCGUGGCCUUCGCUGCCAAGGUGCUCCCUCUGACACCACUUGUUGACAAGCGAGACCGCUCAUCGCCCAGUGGCGUCGAAGACCCCAGCAGUAGCCCAAUCCUACUUCAUCCCCCUAUGAUCCCACAUGCGGAGUACGAGCACUUGGCCUUCGGCCCUCCACCUAAAACCCAGUCUUUUGACUCCACAGCCUCCCAGGCCUCAUUUGAUACCCAGACCAGCGAAAUUCUCGACCCGUGGGACGCACCGGCCUACGACCCUCGCAUCGGAACAGACCUCGAUUCUUGGGACAACCCACAGCUGCAUAAGAUUCUUGACACACUUCAAGUCGCCAUGAUGAACCGUUGCCAUGACGCACACGCCACCUUCCCGCGUGAGCUCAAUGGUCUUGUCUCCCAGCUGAUAGAGGCCUUUCCUGUCAUGAAUCGCAAGGUCUCCGUCGCCAACUGGAAAGUACAUCAGGUUACGGCCGCCCGGGAACGAGAUCUUGGAAAGUUUCGAGAACUUUCUCGCGAAUGGAUUGGUCGUGAACGGGACUACAAAGCAGAGAUCAAAAGACUAGAAAAGCUGCUCGCCAAGGAGAGUAGCAAGGGAAUGGAGGCUGUCUCACUGGCGAGAAGUCGCUCCGUUGUCAACCGCAGUGAUACCAUGCGUUUCGUACGGAGUCUAGAUCAGGUGGAAGAAGAAGUUAGGACAAGUAUUGAUGAUUUCGAUGCGCGAGCAGAGAAGAGUGGUGAAGUACGGGACUCGGCUACUUUCAAGGAAAACCCUGCUUCAGAGCUAUUAUCCUUUGAUCAACAUGCGCCAUUCCACUCUCUUAGGCUAGAACCACCACGAGUAGCAUUCGACAAUAACCAUGACAGGGAGAUCACAAAGAAAAUGGAGCAAGCGAGAAAUGACAAGAAGAACCGUGAAGUCAUACUUCCGAAUCAUCCAGGGCGCCCUCAAGACAAGGGAGUGCGUCUGUUUUCGGCCCAUCUCUGGCAGACCAGAAACCAGAGAAAAAGCGAGCGACAAAAGAGAAUAGCGUCAUUAAAGCGGCUCGAUACAUCCAAGCGACUACCAGCGCAGCCAUCUAACACCGGUAUCAAUAGCACGGAGCGAGCUACUAAAGUCACGAACAAGGUUGAAGAUGGUGGGUUUGGAGGAGACUCGGCCCAAGACACUUUCCAGAAUCUGAGGACAAACUUGGCACCGCAUGGGAACGAGACCCAAGGUAGCCUGGCUUGUGAGAACGGCGAACUUAACUACAGCGACACUUCGGACUUGGGACGGCGGUUUGGCCCCGUCGAUUCGGCCUCUUCAUCUAGUGGAGACUCGGACUUGGAUGCCGGCGCCCAAUGUAGUUCCGCCAACAUGUACUCUGUGCUUCCUGGGCGCAGUGACACCGUCACCCAAGCAAACUACAACGCCAGAAUCCACCCGGAUUGCUCCUACCAUCAAAGCUGGCGACCGCUUAGCCACAUACUGCAGAUAGACCAGAUUUCCGGACAAAGGCGGUUCUCAUUUGAACUAGGUGAAGACUCGAUUGAUCUCAGUCCCAUACUGGCGCCGAACGAGUACACAGGCUAUCCCUUUCCCAACAUGAAGAGCAAUGCUGACGCAGACACACCAACCGCCACAUUCAAUAUGGCUCCCUCGUCGAAGUUGAAUGCAGCUACUCUCUCACAUGCUUCUGGUAUUCUGGAAAUGUCUUCACAAGAGCUUGGUAGAGUAUGCGCCGAUGAACUCACCGAUUUUGAAAAUCAAAUGGGUGUCACCCCGAUAACCGGGCUCUUUACACUUGCCCCAACCAUCCAUGUGCAGGACUCUGUCAUCAGCUCGGAGCACCUCUCUGGUGCUGAGAGCUCUAACUGCAACUCGGCAGCCAGAAACACAAGCAAUGAUAACAAGACAGCUAGAACUCCACCCUGCAUCAAAGGGCCUGGUGAAUAUUUGGUCACUCCCCAGGGCAAAAAUCUCAUCAACAGAGAUGCCAUAGCUGCAGCUGUUGCUGCCUCGUCUAAGGCUUCCUCAAGCAGUGGGAAUUCCAUUUCUGAAGUGCAGGCUACCAAGGCCAGUUACCGCCCUUCUACCUUCCGUAGUGACGUCUAACACGCAGGCAGCGACCGGUCAGGAAACCGGUCAGGGACCACCUUGCGCCCAAACAGUAGCGGUAGCUGCGGCGUGGAGAGCGGGUACCAGUUCGAGC